CUCAGUCCUCGUUUAAGAAUCUGGGCGCUCUCAUGACCCGCAUACAUGUUUCGUAAUCCACGAGAGAAUGCCGACCUGCCCUCUGACUUCCGAGUUCUUCCCUCAACAGGCAGACCACCUACUCCUCCUCGACUUCAUCCACCAAGGAGAAAAUCAAAUAUACCAGCGCCCAUGCCUGCGAAAGCGCCAGCGGCGAAAACAAAACAGACAAAACUCAAUGCGGUCAACAUCAUGCCUACAAAACCCAAGGCAGCGCCUAAUGGCAAUAUUUUGUCGUUCUUCAAGAAGGCCGAGGAAUUGGCCGACAAUCUUUUCGUGAAGGACAGGUAUAAUGAAUUUGGGGGUCCGGAUAAGCGAAGAAGGACGACGGAUCUCGGAGAUGGAGCCCAGGAACUCGGUGGGUCUGCUGAAAGAGAUGUCCGUACUGUUCCUGAAUCCGCGGAUCUGAAAGCGUUGGAGGUGGCAGGUGAAGAGCAGGUGGACACGCCAGUUGUGCAUCAACCAAAAAACCAAGCAUUGAAACGGAGAGGCCCAUUCAUGGAUGAGUCAGAUAGCGAAGAUGAUGAGCCUGCAUCGUCGCAAGGAGCAGGAGGAGGACAUUCCAGCAAUCGUGGUCAUGACAAUGCCUACAAUCGCAUGCCGGUUUCUGCAGUGAUUUCGAGACGCAGUAUGUUUGGCGAGCCGGGUAAUGAGUCGGAAAACGAAGAAGAUCUGUACGCUGCACCUGAUAGGCAGGAUCAAGUCGCCUCUAUGUCAGUGCCACAGCUUAAAAAAGAAGAGACCACCUACAACGAGCUGGGUGAUAUCGAAGGAUUCGAAGAUAUUAAUGAUUUUGAUGACGAGGAAUUUCCAUCUGAUGGUGAGGAAGCACUGGAGAGGCGAUAUAUGGCUGAACAUAUCAAGCUUCAGAUGAGUGACGAUACCUACGCUGAUGGUUUGGAUAGCAACACGCUAGGCCAUAUCCUUGGUCCAGAAAUAACAUCUGCUGAGAUGGCACAAGGCGCAAGUGAAACUGCCAGAUGCCCCAUUUGUUCCAUAGAGAUGAAAGGUGUUUCGGAAGAACAAGCUUCAGUACAUGUCAACAGCUGUCUUGACGGGAAUCCUACACCAUUGCCAGGUCCGCAGGCUACCAGUGAGAAGAAUGAGCCAAUGUUCCCGGAAUUGGUACCGAGAAAGCCACCCUUCAAGAUGAGACAACCUAAGCCUGGUCAGAACAACCCGAUCAUGCUCACAUCCACGAUCAAUGCACCGACAUCAGCAUUCGCUAAGCUAAUGUCUGGUCAUGCCGAGGAUACUGCUUGGAAGAUCGCUGCGGCUUCCGAAAAGGAGGCGAGAGGGAAGCAGGCAUUUGAGAGAACUUGUCCAUUUUACAAGAUCAUGCCUGACAUGAACAUAUGCGUUGAUGCGUUCCGUUAUGGUGCUGUUGAAGGAUGCAAAGGCUACUUCUUGUCCCACUUCCACAGCGAUCAUUACAUCGGCCUGACAUCGAGUUGGCGACAUGGACCUAUCUACUGUUCCAGAGUGACUGGAAAUCUGGUUCGGCAGCAGCUUAAGGUGGACCCAAAAUAUGUGGUUGACUUGGAGUUUGAAGAGGAGCGAGAAAUUCCGGACACACCCGGAGUACGUGUUACGAUGAUACCUGCGAAUCACUGUCCUGGCAGCUCCCUUUUUCUCUUCGAGAAGCCACUGGGUAAAGGUCCUAAUUCAAAGAAGAAACGCAUCCUACAUUGCGGUGACUUCCGGGCUUGUCGAGAACACAUUGAACACCCACUGCUUAGGCCAGAUGUUCAAUGCCACAUAACUGGGAAAAGCAAAGAGCAAAAAAUCGAUGUCUGCUACCUCGACACCACAUAUCUCAACCCAAAAUUUGCAUUUCCGUCCCAAGAAAGCGUUAUACGAGCAUGUGCCGACAUGUGUGUGAGCCUAAACAAAGCCUCCGUUGAUGACACGGAUGAAUGGGAAACCAUGAAACGACAACGCGCUAACGCGGGGAUGGUCCAGUUUCUAGAAUCAGGCAAAGAAAGCGUCAAGCAAGAGGCUGCAGAGCUUGUCGUCGACGGAGACAAGAACCAGCGUGGCCGGCUUCUUGUCGUCGUAGGGACGUAUAGCAUAGGCAAAGAACGAAUCUGCAUGGGGAUUGCCAAAGCGCUCAAUUCGAAAAUCUUCGCGUCAGCAGGGAAACAGCGGAUUUGCGCUGCUCUUGAGGAUCCGGAGUUAAUGGAACGAUUGACGAGUGAUCCACGCGAAGCUCAGGUCCACAUGACGCCACUUUUUGAGAUUCGCGCGGACACUCUCGAUGAGUACCUGAAAGAUUUCCGGGACACUUUCAGCCGUGCCGUAGCAUUUCGACCCUCGGGAUGGAACUACAGACCACCCAACUCGCGUUUCACUGAGUCGCCCUCUGUGCAGACUGUCCUCUAUUCCAGCAAUUGGAAGAGCAACUACAGUAUGCGUGAGCUUAAACCGCAACCCGGGUCGACAAACAGGGCUACAUGCUAUGGUGUACCAUACAGCGAGCACAGCUCGUUCCGGGAGCUGACUAUGUUUUGCUGUGCGCUGAGAAUUGAGAAGAUAGUUCCCACGGUCAACGUGGGCAGUGCUAAGAGUAGAGAGAGGAUGAAAGGGUGGAUUGAGCGAUGGGGCCAAGAUAGAAGGAAGAAUGGGCUAUUCCAAGCUAAAGAUUUUCACUGAAUUUGACACAUUAUGGGCAUUGGCUGUCGUGCCUCACGUUCGAAUUUUAGGUCAAGCAUCUGCCACCUCCUCGCUUUUUGGCAGCGUAGUGACACGAAUAUAAUAGCCGUCUGG